UCAAUGACGCUAUGCUAACGUCCGGGUUCAUUUUCUUGGGCUUCGCUCGGUCGUUUCUUGCGGCAGCGUCUGUUCAUUUCGUUUGCUUGCUUCGUCGUGGCUGCCUCCCCUUUAUAGAAAGGCUAAAGCGUUGCACGGUCUGUUGCCUCAUCAGGUGUGGUUUUGGCUGUAAUGCGUUGGCAACUGAGCUUCAUAGGACCAUGAAGAAAAUGGACAGUAGCCUAUUAACUGAGAGUCUGAGACUUUACUGGUUAAUCAGGAAAUGUCUCCCGUUCACAAAAAAGAAGGACAUGAGAAGUGGGGGGUGGUGACUCUGGCUCCAAAAGACCAAAGUUUGAGCAGGAUGGAGCAGGAGAUAUUGUUAUGGAGCCACACUUAACCGAGGAUAAACCUGUGCGGAUAGACCAAGAAUCAUCGUCAACAUCUAAUAGGGAUGCUGAGGCAAGCACAUCUACUAGCAUGAAACCUGUUAAAACUGAAGAAGCAGGAGCAGAUCUUCUUCCCAAAGAGAUGAAUAUUAUGACAAUUAGCGACGAUAAAGCUGAUGGCCAUAAUGAUAAGGAAGGUGAGGGUGUUACACUUGAUGGGACUGGAACAGAGACAGGGCAGAUAAUUGUGACAACAAUAGGAGGUCACAAUGGGAAGCCAAAGCAGAAGGUCUCAUACAUGGCAGAAUUGGUUGUUGGUACUGGUUCGUUUGGUAUUGUUUUCCAGGCGAAAUGCUUGGAAACUGACGAGACGGUGGCGAUAAAAAAGGUGUUACAAGAUAAGCGCUACAAGAAUAGAGAGCUCCAGACUAUGCAGUUACAUGACCACCCGAAUGUAGUUCAGCUGAAGCAUCACUUCUUUUCAACAACUCAAAAGGGAGAAGUUUACCUCAACCUUGUACUUGAAUUUGUAUCCGAGACAGUUUAUCGUGUUGCCAAAUACUACAACCGGAUGAACCAGCGUGUACCCAUAAUAUAUGUUAAGUUGUAUGCAUAUCAGAUGUGCCGUGCGCUUGCUUACAUCCAUCGAGUUGUCGGUGUGUGUCAUCGUGAUAUUAAACCUCAAAAUCUACUGGUCAAUCCUCAUACACAUCAACUUAAGAUUUGUGAUUUUGGGAGCGCUAAAAAAUUGGUCCCUGGUGAGCCUAACAUAUCGUACAUUUGCUCGCGGUAUUAUAGGGCUCCUGAACUAAUAUUUGGAGCUACGGAGUAUACCACUGCGAUCGAUAUCUGGUCUGUUGGCUGUGUAGUGGCUGAGCUUCUGAUUGGUCAGCCUUUGUUUCCUGGUGAAAGUGGUGUUGACCAACUGGUGGAAAUAAUAAAGAUUUUGGGUACUCCAACAAGAGAGGAGAUCAGGUGCAUGAAUCCAAAUUAUUCCGAAUUCAAGUUCCCUCAGAUAAAAGCCCAUCCAUGGCACAAGCUUUUUGGUAAGCGCAUGCCACCCGAGGCUGUCGAUCUCGUGUCAAGGCUGCUCCAGUACUCACCGAACCUGCGCUGCACUGCUGUCGACGCCUGUGCCCAUCCGUUCUUCGAUGAGCUGCGGGACCCCAAGGCUUGCCUGCCGAACGGACGGCCAAUGCCACCGUUGUUCGACUUCACAGCAGCCGAACUCGAAGGGCUCCCCGCCGAGCUUGUCCACCGGAUCGUUCCUGAACACAUGAGGAAGGAAGUGAAUUAGGUGGACGGACGUACUGGGGCAAAAAAAAAAAAAAAAACUCCCUGUUUCUCUGUUGGUUCUGAGAGAUGUGUGAGGGCACGGAUAUGGAGGAGCGGUGGUGUAUUGUAAUUGUAAAGAGGGCUGAAAGAAAGGUCCCUCUGGUUGGGCGUGUCACCAAAGAGUGGCCCUAGAGGCAAACCUUACGUUUGCUCGUUGCCCUUGGUGUGUACCCAGAUGUGUAUCGAUGACAUAGGCUGGCUGCUGUAUCAUCAUCAGGGUUGACGCUGAACAAGAGAAAUUCAAGCAGGGUGCUGCUAGCUCGCUUCCUCCCGUAGCUGGAAACCCCAGAAUGCCAGUUUCCAUCA